AUGAAGCGCGAUUCCAGAGAUUAUGAAUCGGAAGGUCCUCCUAAGAAGAUGCAGAGGGCUAAUUUGUCAAAUAUAUCCGUGCGGUUCCUGAUCCCAGCGCGUGCCGCCGGCCUGAUUAUUGGGAAGGGGGGUGAAAACAUUAAGAAGAUUCGUUCACAGGUGACUGGUGUCCAACUUUUUAGACCCUUGAAACUGAAUAUCCCCGACACGAGAGGCACAGAACGCUGCGGCAAUAGGUGUCAACUUCUUUUAGUUAUAUCUAACAAAUCGUUCCUUCCUGGAUUGUUUAGCGUCUUCGCUAUUGAGGGAGCCCUAUCAGACAUUUGCAAUGUGUGGCGCGAAAUUAUGCCCAAGUUGAAGGACGUGAUGAGCGCCAGACUCUCUGACCCCAAGGUGAUCAUGGGUCAAGGACGUCUGCCAAGGCGGAAACGUGUUCAGGAUGGGGAUGGGGAAAAGAAUGAAGGCGACCAGCCAGAGGAAGAGGAAGAUGACAAAAUGAUUGAUUUGCGGCUUCUUGUUCACCAGAGUAUAGCGGGGUGCAUAAUCGGGAAGGGUGGUGAUCGAAUUCGCGAGCUGCGACAGAAACACAAAAUGCGGGUGAUCAAAGUGUAUCAAAUGUUCGCUCCCGGUUCUACAGAUCGUGUUGUGCAGCUGAUUGCAGAGCCAGAAAACGCGAUACAGUGUAUGGAAGCGAUCGUCGAGGUUGCUGAGGUUACAACCAUUCGAGGCCCCACUGAGCUCUAUGACGCUACCAACUGCUGCGAAGCUGAUGCGCUCACUUAUGGCGGAUGGCUUUCACCUGAGGGGCUCCAAGCUCUAUCACAAGGCAUGCCUCUCAAUGGCGGAGCGCCACCAUCCAUGGGUGGACGUUAUGGACCUCCUCGCGGCGGGCUUCCGCCUCCAAUGUACCCGGGUCGCCAACGCGGUGGACCUCCGAUGUACCAGCCGCCUCGUGGUGGGCCACCAAGGCAGCCACAGCAGCAGUGGGGCUACGAUGGAGGCUACCCAGAGGGCGGGUAUGUCGCUUACCCUCAGCAGCCGCCCGUAACUGGCACCUAUGAUGUCAGCCAAUACGCCCAGCCGCCACAGACCGCUUAUAACGCACCACCGCCCAACACUGGUGUGCCGCCGUACAGACCCGUUGCCCCCACAGCGGUUGCUCCACCAACCGCUGGUGCGCCCAUCUACGGAGCACCCCCGCCCCCAGUCACCACCGGAGGUUAUGCGUUCCCACCGAUGACUGGAGCGCCUGCCCCGAACUAUCCACCAAGUAUUGAAGUUGACAAGUUUGCAAAUCGAAUUGAAGAAGAAAGACGGAAAAUCUGUGUUAAUGUUCUCGUUUUAGAAGCAAAAGCUCGUUUCGAUAGCCAACUCAAGCAGCGGUUGCAGCAGGAAGAGGAGUCCACCAAAUUGGAGGCUGAUCUCGAACGCAUCUUGGGCGUUUGCUUCGUCCAGUGCAACGGACAACAACCCGGUGAUCUCGCCUCCUUUAAUCCGUAUUUAACGAAGACAUUGGGGGAGGUUCGGGUUGCUGCUCAGCGUAUUAGGUACGUGCCUUGUGGCCACUUUGACCCUGGUGUCGUCGUUUUCAAGAAAUGUGUGUGUGUGUGUGUGUGUGAACUUGCUAACCACGCCCUACAUUUCUGUUCACAUGUUGCGCGCUUUAGAGAUGAACGGAUGGAAAUUUUAACCCAGUACAAAGCCAAACUAGACCAGUUUGAGGUGCUCUACCAGAGAAAUAUGAUGCUGGAGCUAUUUAUUGAGUCCUGGCGCAAGAAUCUGGGCGAAGGCAAGACAAUUUCUGAGAUUCCCCAACUCGUCAAAAAUUUGUCUGAGGCUGUUGCCGAGUUUUACGACGUUCCGGCUCACAAGCUGCUCGAACAGGCGUUGCAAGAGCGAACUCUGCCUCGACAAGCCACUUCUCCCAAAGCCUCGGUCACCGAGUCAGCACCGAUGGUGACCGACGAGACUAUUUGCAACGUCACCGAGAUACCGCUGUCCGCCGAGACACCCAUCUGUCGUCCCCGGGGUGACGCGGAGCCCUCGAUUUUGUGCGGGUCGAAGGUGAUUGCCAAUCCUGAGUUUAGUCGACUCGAGUUUGAUGCCACAAUGACGGAUUUUGAGGUGGAACAGGGCAUCUACUCGGAUGAGGCUCUCCGCAGACUGAUAAAUUCCAAGAACACUGCCAUAGUUGAUCAAGAUCAGACCCUUUAA